AUGGCUUCCUCUAACUCAGCCUCAAGUACGACAGCCACUCCAAGCCAACAAAGUUCAGUAGAUAAGGACCCGCUGUGGAAACAUGUGACAAAAUUAGUGAAAAUGAAAGAGAGAGGUGGAAAUAUGAAAAUUAAAUGUAACUUCUAUAAUCUAGAAUUUACGGGUUCGUAUUCAAGGGUUAAAGCACACCUGUUGCAGAUCAAGGGAGAAGGAGUUUCAGUGUGUCCUAGAGUCACUACUAAUAUUUUGUUGCAACUUCGAAGGGAGAUGGCAGAUGUAGAAGAAAGAAAAAGGCAGGUUGUGAUUCCACUCCCACCAUUGAGUUAUGCUUUAUUAGAUUCUGCCUGGGGAGGAGCUGAAAUGCUGCCAAAACAAGGUUCCAAAAGAAGAGCAGUUGAUAAGAACAGUCCUAUAAAUAAAGCUUUUAAUCAGGAGGGGUUACCUUUCCAUUUUGCUAGAAAUCCCCACUACAUCAAGUCGUAUACACUUGCUGCCAACAACAACAUUCCGAGCUAUGUUCCUCCUUGUUAUAAUGCACUACGAACUACGUUAUUAGAAAAGGAGAGGGCACAUAUUGAAAGAUUAUUGGAACCAAUCAAGACGACUUGGAAAGAGAAAGGGGUGACCAUAGUAUCAGAUGGUUGGACUGACAUUCAGAGAAGACCGUUGAUUAAUUUCAUGGUUGUUACUAAGAAUGGCCCUAUGUUUUUGAAGGCAGUGAACUGUGAGGGUGAAUACAAAGACAAGUUCUAUAUAUCUAGCUUAAUUAAAGAAGUUAUAAUGCAAGUAGGACCACAAAAUGUAGUUCAAGUUAUCACGGACAAUGCACCCGUUUGCAAGGCAGCAGGUAUGCUCAUUGAGACUAUGUAUUCUCACAUAUUUUGGACUCCAUGUGUUGUGCACACACUUAAUUUGGCUUUGAAGAAUAUAUGUGCUGCUAAGAAUUCGAGUCUAAUGAGGAUGUAUAUGUUGAGUGUCACUGGAUUACAGAGGUUGGAGACAAAGCACUAA